AUGUAUCACAAGUCCAUGUUCCCCGACCUCCCUGCUGUGCCCGAGGCUAAUGUCCACCAUUUGUUCUUUAAUCGACCAGAGCAGAAAGCCUGGCCAGAUUAUACGUUGUACGUGAAUGCAACCACAGGUAAACAGUGGUCGUUCCGUCAAUUCGCUGAACGUGUACGCGAUGGGGCUACCGCUCUCGGAGCCGACGUCGAGCAAGGUGGCCUCGGUAUCUCCCUCGAAAAGGGUGAGAUCGUGGGGAUCCUAAGCGAAAACAGCCUGGACUAUAUUGCAUUACUGCACUCUCUAUUGGCAAUUGCUGUGCCUUUCGCCAUGAUAUCGGGGUACUCGACUCCUUUCGAAUUCAAACAUGCAGUGUCACUAUCGCAAGCCACGCGCCUUUUUGUCAGCCCCUCACUACUACCCCUCGCUGCAACAUCGGGCCUGCCACAUGACCGAGUUUACCUGCUGGAAGGUCACGUCGAAGGUUGCUUGAGUUAUGACGACCUUGUCAACCGCGCUCGACGCAAUCGGAUACCACGCAUACCUGUAAAGCAUGCCACGCGAGACACUUUGGCGUAUCUGGUUUUCUCAAGUGGAACAAGUGGCCUUCCCAAAGCGGUCAUGAUAUCUCAUGGAAACCUAACGAAUUCAUUACUUCAGGUCAAGGUUGUAACAGAAGAAGUGAACAAAUUCCAGAAACCACCCGUAUGGAAUGGUCUCAAUGGCAUGCAGGUGCUAUUUAACGUUCUCCCGAUACACCAUACGUAUGGGUUGCACAUAUCGUGUUUCCGGGUGUUCUUUGCGCCACUCACUGUCGUCUUGCUCCCGAAAUGGGACGUCAAUGCCUUCCUCAGCGCCAUUCCGAAGUAUCGCGCCACCACUUUAUACCUUGUUCCUUCCUUGGUCCAUCAGCUCGUACAUCGCCCUGAGUUCCAGGCCGCUGACUUGAGUACCGUCCAAGCUGUGCAUUGCGGAGCUGCCUACUUGCCUGUGUCACUUUCGGAAGCUCUGCUUUCUCGUUUUCCGAACCUCGAGCGGAUAGGUGAAGGGUAUGGGAUGUCUGAAAGCACGAUAUCUAUUGCCAACAAACCCGUUCCCGGCGUGCUUAAUGGGCGUGCGAAAAACAAGCCAGGCUCCACAGGCGUACUGCUUCCUGGUAUUGAGGUUAAGGUAGUGCGUGAGGAUGGAACGCUGGCUGCAGUGAACGAACCAGGAGAAUUACACGUUCGAUCGGGAUGUGUUGCGCUUGGGUACCGUAAUAAUCCCAAAGCAACCAAAGAGACGUUUGUCGAUGGAUGGCUUCGCACUGGUGAUAGGAUACGAAUUGAUGAAGACGGCGUUUUGUUUUACGAGGAUAGAGCAAAGGACACACUCAAGGUUUCGGGAUUGCAGGUCUCUCCCGUAGAGAUCGAAAACACGCUCCUGGUACACCCAGAUAAACUUAUUAUAGACGCAUCGGUCGCGGGUGUGAGUGGUGGACGCACUCUUGACGAGCGGAUACCCCGUGCGUGGGUCGUGUUAUCUUCUGAGGGUCGCAAAUUGGGAGCUUCUGCAACGGUAGCAAAGCUUGAUGCGUGGGUGCGUGAGUCGUUGAGUAAAUAUAAAUGGCUCCGCGGAGGCAUCGAGGUGGUCGAUAUGAUCCCAAAAUCACCCACGGGAAAGGUAUUAAGAAGGCGACUGGUAGAAAAAUAUGAGGAUGGGCAGAGGGCAGUUAUGGCCAAACUUUAA